AACACACAACAUGUGUCUCAAGUCCCCACCACAAAGUUGAAAUUCAAGAAAACCCAAAAAAAAAAAAAAAAAAAAAAAAGAGUUUGGAAAUGAGAAGAAAUGGCAAUUGCAAUUAGAUCAGCAAACAGAGUCAUCUUCCCCAUAAGAUGUAACAACAUCAGCAGUGGUAAUGACAAUGACAAAAGAGUAAGGAAGAAUAAGCCACUUCCUCCAAUCUUGGUAUCCACAAACCCAUCACACAUUAACAUUCACACAUUAUCAAAUCUCUACCUGUCAUGUAAUCACUCCCCUCAUCGCUUUCCUUUAUCCAACGACAUCGACCCCCGAAAACUCGCUGUCGCGGUCUCUCACAGCUCAGUUGUAGUCUCGGUGUUCGCCGCGGUUAGAGAUAGUAGUGGUGGUUUUGGUGGUGUGGAGGAGGAGAGGGAGAAGGGGUUGUGGGGGAGAAUAUUGCCCGCGGUGGUGACGUCGGAGAAUGGUGAACUGGUUGGAUUUGGACGGGCGGUUUCUGAUCUGGGGUUAACUGCUUCUAUCCAUGAUGUUAUGGUCAUUCCUUCUUUGCGACGGCUGGGAAUUGGUCAGAUGGUAGUUCAGCGAAUCCUAAGAAUUCUGAUUAAUAAAGGCAUUUACGACAUAUCAGCACUCUGCUCUGAGGAAGAAAGGCUAUUCUUCGCAGCAUGUGGAUUUGGAGACGAUCUUUUAGGAUCAACAACAAUGAUGUACACAAACACGGCCAAUAGCAAUUCUGACCAUGACCAAGUAAUUACUCGAGCAGGUCGGAUACUGCUGGUAGCACCACCUUCAAGAUUAUCCCCAUCUCAGAAACAACCUCCUCACCUCGCUUGCUGAAAGUGAACGAAUAUACGGAGUAUCCCAUAAUCUGUAGAGUAUCAUUUCAUUUAUUGAGAAUUUCUUCUAUAAAUUUAUGCUCAUAUCUGCCACAAAAAAUUCUUAUUCAUAUAAAAUUAUUGCAGAGGUAAUGUAAAGAGAGAGUAACAGGAGAAACAAGGUUGUCCCUUGAUUUUGAUGCUCAAUUAGUCUAGUUUAUCUUUGUCAAUAAAGUAAGGUAGACUUAAAAUUAUUUGAAUUGGAGAGAACCCCA